UGGUUUGUAUGCGUGGUCGGAUUUCGGGAACAACAUUUCAUUAUUCUUUUCUUUUCCGCUGUAUUCACGGAGAUUAUAAUUCCAUAUCAAAUAUAUAUUAGGCCUACCCACUGGUCUAGGUAUCUUGAUUUAUAGCAUGUCGUGUGCUGUCUUCAAAGGUAUAUCGCCAAACCGGACAUGCAGCUUACGCAGUUGUAUUUUAGUUUUGCGUCUCUUGGUUUCAACGUGAAAUGAAGCUUAUCAUUCUGUCUGUUCUCGUCUGCUCGAACCUCGUCUGCCAUCUUGGAUAUUGCAGCGUCCUCCACCUCACAGAUGACUAUUUGCCUGAUAGCUGGAGUGGAGUAUGCAAUGCGACAACGACAGAAGGGAAAUUAAGUCCUGUUAUCAUCAAAUGUGAACCCUCGCCUUUGGAUUCAGCUCAGUUGUCCAUGCAUCGACUUAGACAGUGGGCAAGUAACAGAACUUCAAAUUUCAGCUACGUAUUUGACGUCAGAUGCAAACAUGGCGGCAACAUAUCUCUCCCGUGGCCCAUGAAGUCGCCACAAAUGGUUGGUUUACACAUUCAAGGGUGUAACAUCCUCAACAUCUUUGAUGAUUUUGGCAAACCGGCCGUGGAGUCGCUGCCAGAUGAGCUGAAGGUACUGGACAUUCGACACAGUGUGAUGAAGAUCAGAAUCGCGUCCUUGCUGAGCACCAUCAGGAGAAUUCCACUCAUAUCGUCCGACUACAACUGCGGCCACGACAACAGUCUUGAGAACAUCGUGUUCCGUAACGUGUCGUACAAACUGGAUUACAGAGGCAUGAGGUCCGUGUUUUCCACCACAUUCUCUCCAGUCAAGCUUCGGAACUCUUCCAGUACAACGGAGCAGACGACAGUGAAUUCAACUAGUAGCAUAUCCCUGUCCAAUACAACAAAGUCGCGACCGACGCCAGGACUUUUACAGUUCACGGACAUGUUGGCGAAUAUGCUGAACACUCAGACUCAGUGUCAGUAUGACAACCUAACAUCUCUCGAGGAGAGCAUCAGUGACACUCUUUCUGUUUAUCACCAGCAGUUCCUGGUCCAGGGAUCUCGCUACCCUAACCUCGUCUUCCUAAACUAUUCCUUCAACAACAUCAACGCCAUGCCAGACCCCUUUCUCAACUGGAGGUUGUACUUUCCAAAGCUCCAGCAUCUCGACAUGUCACACAAUUACAUUUCAGAGGCGUAUUUUAAAUAUGUUCCAACACGACUGUCCGAGGUGACCUACAUCAAUCUCAGAUUCAACAACAUCACAAAACCAAAAGUGGACGAACUCAUUAAAUGGGCGCAAAUUCCAAAAUUGUUUAUAGAUAUUCGGGACAAUCCCAUUCACUGUGGAUGCGAUCUGGCACAGUUUAUUACCUUUCUCGGAAACAAGUCGUUUUAUCAAGGCAAAGGUUUGGAAUAUAGCUACAUUAAAAAUAUGACGUGCGCUUCGCCAGAAAAUAUGUUUGGAAAGGUCCUUGGAACGUUAAGCGUCUCAUCUCUUCCUUGUCCGAAAUACUCGAAUCUUCUAGCUCCGCUCAUUAUUGUUGGUAUUAUAGCUCUUCUGCUGUUCGUUUUGCUUAUCCUGGCCGUGAAGUUUCGACGAGAAAUCCGAAUACUGUUCUUUACCCGCUUCCACAUCCUGCUGCCUGGUGACGUUGCCGACCUGGAAGGAAACAAGAGGUACGACGCCUUCGUCUCCUACAGCAGCGAUGACGGCGACUGGGUCAUCGACACGCUGUGUGCUAAGCUGGAGAACGUCCAACUACCACGACGACGUUUCGGCGAGACGACGACGACGACGGCGAUGCAUCCAAAUCAAAACGGAUUGUGCUCACUGAAAAGCGGGGAUCAGGGGAAAGAAAAUGGCAUCCUUGUUAGCGACGGGAGUAAAACAGAAGGGCAGACGCUGCGGCUUUGCCUCCAUCACAGAGACUUCGUUCCCGGAAUGUCCAUACUGGACAACAUCCUGAACAGCAUCGAGGCGAGCAGACACACCAUCGUGGUGCUGUCGAGGAGCUUCGUGAACAGCGAGUGGGCCCUGGAGGAGUUCAGACAGGCCUACCACCAGAGCAUCGUGGAGAAGCGCCGCCAUCUCAUCAUCCUGCUGUACAAGCACAUCCCCGCCAGGGACAUGGAUCCGCUCCUGAAGAGGUGCUUCAAGAUGUUCACCUACCUGGACGUGUCCGACAGGCUGUUCUGGGACCGCAUCGUCUACUCCCUGUCCACGAAGCAGAAGCUGCCGAAGGAGAAGAAGGAGAAAACGGAUAAGUCGAGGAAGUCCGCAGACGCGAGCGAUGAUGGACUGGCGUACACGUCAGUGUUUAACAUCGAGAGUGACGUCACGAGACAGAAUCACGCGAUGCGACAGCUGUCGUCUACGUCAUCAUCCCUGACUGAUGCCACGUUCGUGUCCGACCUGUCAGAGAGUGACGGCAGUGUGACGCGAGUGGACAUUGAUUUCAGACCAUGAACACAUGGACCUUUGACAGUUGUGGUUGUAUAAAGUAGAUUUUAGUUGUGUAUUUGUUUUUUGUAAUGCAUCUCCAUGAAGGGCAUUGUUAUUGUUAUUAUUUUUUUAUUUUUUUAAAGCGACGAUAAUCAAGUGUUGAAAA